GUUUCUGUUUGGUGACAUCCCUCCCUUUCUAAUCACAGGUUCUUCUCCUGAGAAAUAUUACACUAGAUCUGCAUAAUAAUGACCAUAUCUUUGAUCUGGGUGAUUGUUGUUGCAGUGUGCUGUGGCCUAUGGCUUAUUCUUGGAAAGAGGAGAAGGCAAGUGGGCGAACCACCUCUGGAGAAUGGGUGGAUUCCAUAUCUGGGCUGUGCGCUGCAAUUUGGUGCCAAUCCUCUUGAGUUCCUCAGAGCAAAUCAAAGGAAACACGGCCAUGUUUUUACCUGCAAUCUAAUGGGAAAAUACGUCCACUUUAUCACCAACCCCUUGUCAUACCAUAAGGUGUUGUGCCAUGGAAAAUAUUUUGACUGGAAAAAAUUUCACUUUGCAACUUCUGCAAAGGCAUUUGGGCACAGAAGCAUUGACCCGAGUGAUGGAAACACCACUGAAAACAUAAACAACACUUUCAUCAAAACCUUGCAGGGCAAUGCCUUGGAUUCCCUUACUGAAGCCAUGAUGGAAAACCUCCAGCUAAUCAUGAGAUCUCCAGUUCUCUCCAAAUCAAAGCUGUCUGACUGGGUCACGGAAGGGAUGUACUCCUUCUGCUACCGGGUGAUGUUUGAAGCUGGGUAUCUAACCCUCUUUGGCAGAGAUCUUGCCAAGCCAAAUGCACAAAGAGCACUUAUUCUAAACAACCUGGACAACUUCAAGCAAUUUGAUGAAGUCUUCCCGGCCCUGGUCGCAGGCCUCCCCAUUCGGUUGUUCAAGGCUGCACACAAUGCCCGGGAGAAGCUGGCAGAGGGUUUGAAGCAUGAGAACCUGCGACACAGGGACCACAUCUCAGAACUGGUCAGCCUGCGCAUGCACCUGAAUGACACGCUCUCCACCUUUGACGAGAUGGAGAAGGCCAGGACGCACCUCGCCAUCCUCUGGGCCUCGCAAGCAAAUACCAUUCCAGCAACUUUCUGGAGCUUAUUCCAAAUAAUAAGGAACCCUGAAGCGAUGAAAGCAGCUACUGAGGAAGUGAAUAAAGCAUUAGAGACAGCAGGUCAAAAGAUCAGCUUUGAAGGCAGUCCUAUCUGUCUAACUCAAACGCAGCUGGAUGACCUGCCGAUACUAGAUAGUAUCAUCAAGGAGUCUCUGAGGCUUUCCAGUGCCUCCCUGAACAUCCGGACUGCUAAGGAGGACUUCACUUUGCACCUUGAGGAUGGCUCCUAUAACAUCCGGAAAGAUGACAUCAUAGCUCUCUACCCACAGUUAAUGCACUUAGAUCCAGAAAUCUACCCGGACCCCUUGACUUUUCAAUAUAAUCGCUAUCUCGAUGAAAAUGGGAAGACAAAAACCACCUUCUAUAGUAACGGACUCAAGUUAAAGUACUACUACAUGCCCUUUGGGUCGGGGGCCACCAUAUGUCCUGGAAGAUUGUUUGCUGUCCAUGAAAUCAAGCAGUUUCUGGUUCUGAUGCUUUCCUAUUUUGAACUGGAGCUUGUGGACAGGCAUGUGAAAUGCCCCUCUUUGGACCAGUCCCGUGCAGGCUUGGGCAUUCUCCCACCGUUAAGUGACGUUGAGUUUAAAUAUAAAUUCAAACCGUUGUAAUUUGUGGUUGGCAAAAGAGGACGCUAGAUGAUAUGGCAGGACGGCAGAAGAGCAUCACUAACAGUUCUUUUGGACAAAUGCAUUUCCUGGUGAUGGAAGUGGCUCAGCCCGGGCCAUUCUGUUCACAGAUGUUUGCUUGUGAAUCCUAACAAGCAAGCAUCUUAUUUUGGUGACAGUUUCCAGAUGUCAUCUUGGACUAUGCUUGUGAAAAGAACUGAAGAGCUAGUCUCUAGGAGCACAAUAAUUUGUUAUUUGGAUAAGUCAGGAAUGUUUAUGCAGCCAGGGACUGAACUUCAAUAUUUUUAGGGAACAAUGCCUUUUUCUUUGCCCCCAAAUAUCCCAAUUGGCAGAUUUUUUUUUUCC